UUCCGGUCUGCCGGGAGGCCGUUGAAGGUGGCGGUUUGCCGGGCCGGGGGGAGGGGGCUAUGGAGCGGCCGUGGCCGCCGCCUGGACCCUGGAACCUCCCCCGGGACGGCGGAGAGGCUGACGAGGAGACGGAGCUGGAUGUAUCUCCCGGCUCUUCCCGCUUCCCGCAACCUCCUGGAGACAGCCCCCAGAUGUAUAGCCAAGGGAUUGAACUGGCUUGCCAAAAGCAGAAAGAGUUUGUGAAAAGCUCUGUAGCGUGCAAAUGGAAUCUAGCUGAAGCUCAGCAGAAACUUGGUAGUUUAGCACUACAUAACUCUGAAUCCCUGGAUCAGGAACAUGCCAAAGCACAAACAGCAGUGUCAGAACUGAGGCAAAGGGAAGAAGAGUGGAGACAAAAAGAAGAGGCCCUGGUACAGCGAGAGAGAAUGUGUUUGUGGAACAUGGAUGCCAUUAGCAAGGAUGUUUUUAAUAAGAGUUUUAUUAAUCAAGAUAAAAGUAAAGAAAUAGAAGAUGAAGAUAAAUCCAAAUCAUUUAUGCAGAAAUAUGAACAAAAGAUUAGACAUUUUGGUAUGCUAAGUCGAUGGGAUGAUAGUCAGAGAUUCUUGUCUGACCAGCCAUACCUUGUGUGUGAAGAAACUGCUAAGUAUCUCAUCUUGUGGUGUUUUCAUCUAGAAGCUGAAAAGAAAGGAGCUCUAAUGGAACAAGUAGCACAUCAAGCAGUCGUAAUGCAGUUUAUUAUGGAAAUGGCCAAAAACUGUAAUGUGGAUCCACGAGGGUGUUUUCGUUUGUUUUUCCAGAAAGCCAAAGCUGAAGAAGAGGGUUACUUUGAAGCCUUCAAAAAUGAACUCGAAGCGUUCAAGUCAAGAGUAAGACUCUAUUCUCAAUCACAAAGUUUUCAACCUAUGUCAGUUCAGAAUCAUGUUCCUCACAUUGGUGUUGGAUCUAUAGGUGUAUUAGAAUCCUUACCACAGAAUCCAGAUUAUCUUCAGUAUUGUACAAAUACAGCGCUCUGCAGCUUAAACUCAGUCGUUCAUAAAGAGGAUGAUGAACCGAAAAUGAUGGACACUGUAUAGUUCAGUUAAGACUGCUGAGGCCAAGUGCUAUUUUGUUACAAGAAAGGAAGAACUUGGCUGUCUUCUUGACACUUUUAUGGGUGCUGCACUUUAUUUUUGUUUGGUUUUUGAUGAGAGGGGAAGAAAGUACUGAAACAUUUUGUAAUUUUUUUUCUCUUUUUUUG